AUGCGGGGGGGCAUGGCAGUGCUGUCAGACGCCUCCACAGGCACCACCAUUCUGCUGGCGCUGCCCAUGCGGGGAGGGGAGGACGCCGGCAACAGCAGGGGAACUGGGGGUGAGAACGAGGAUCGGGAGGAAUUUGGCGAGACAGAAGGGGCUGGUGAGGAGCUUGUGGAGCGAGAGAGUGGAUCGCAGGAAGGCACGGAUAGGUCAGCUGGUGGAGCUGUGGCUCUGCGUCACGCUGCUGCUGCCACGGUGCAACCAGCUUUGCCACCAUUGCAGCUGCCAGCAGUAGGGGUGCGUGCACUGGUGCGGGCGCGCACAUGUCCGCAAGUAGAAUUGGAGAGGGGCAUGGGGGCUGGGGAGGCGGAGCGGGUGGUGCGGGCGGUGGUGGCGGGGCGGCGGGUGGCGGUGGUGGAUGACAACGCGGUGAACCGCAUGGUGGCAAGGAGAACGCUGCAGGGCUACGGGGCGCACGUGCUGCUGCUGCCCUCCGGGGAGGAGGUGAUCAAGACGCUCUCCUCUGCUCUUGAGGCGCCUCAACAGGCGCUCUUCUCUGCCCGUGACCCGCCUCAACAGGCGCCCUCAUCUGCCACGCCCUCCCCGCCCAUCCACCUGCUGCUCCUCGACCUGCACAUGCCGCCCGGCAUCGAUGGGUCCGUCCCUUGCUCCCCUUCUCCUUCACCUUUCUUUUGA